GGCAGUAACCUGGUCAUUCAAAGUGUUCAAACAAGUGAGCAAGCAAGCAAGAAGCGAAAGAAAAUUAGUGUAAAGAGUAAAAUGAUGAUGGAGAUUGAGGAAAUAAGCAACUAUGAGGCAUUGCCUCUUCUUUCAUUGAAUCACGUGUCAUUGUUGUGUAGAUCAGUUUGGGAUUCUAUGAGGUUCUAUGAACAAGUGUUAGGUUUUGUUCCCAUCAAACGCCCCUCUUCUUUCAGCUUCAAUGGAGCUUGGUUGUAUAACUACUGCAUUGGUAUACACUUGAUUGAGAAUCCAUCUAUCGAUGAUUUUGAGGCUAUCGUUGAACCGCGAACAAUCAAUCCCAAGGAUAACCACAUAUCAUUCCAGUGUAGGGAUGUGGGGCUCGUGAAGAGGAGGCUCGAAAACAUGGGGAUGAAGUAUGUGACGGCAGUGGUUGAAGAUGAAGGGAAUAGGGUCGAUCAAGUGUUCUUCCAUGACCCGGACGGAUACAUGGUCGAGCUCUGCAACUGUGAGAACAUCCCAAUCCUUCCACUCUCUUCUUGCUCAUUCAAGCCGAGACUCAGCAGUUUUAACAGGGCUAAAUGCGGAUUCAUGGAAAAUGCCAUGAUGGAGAGCUUGAGCAUGGAGAUGUUGAAUAUUUCAUUUUGAAGUUGCUCAACAAAAAUACACAAAAGAAUGUCAACAAUUUCACUUUCUUUUUUGCCAUUGUUUGCCGCAAUUGUUUUUACAGGUCUUAUAAUGAUCUGGUGUGUCUUGGUUCCAUGAAGAAGUUGUAAUCUGAAUUUUAUAUAAACUGUAAGCAUAUAUAAGGUUUCUGAUUGUAUUAAAUUGGAAAUAUGGCCUCUGUUACAGAUCAAAAAUAUAAAAGAAAUGAUCUGUAAAAGGGUGAGAGUUACCAGUGUUGUUUGUGAAAUGUGAGUUUUAACAUUUUUCAUUGUCUGAA